ACUUUGCUUAUGUUGAUAGUUUAUACACCCCAAAUAUAUUACCUACCGUAAGUCGAGGACACUAGAGCCCAGCAUUGAUGAGAACGGUUACCACCCAAGUCAACUGCUCGAUUAGAGCAAUUGACGCCAACACCAUGAUGAUUAGAGCAAUCUACGCCAACGUUGUAAUAACCGAAGCGAUUCACGCUCGUACCAUAAUUCGCCAAUAAAUGGCAUAUCACCCUCGAGUCAAACUUCAUCACUAUAAAUAGGGAUUUCGAUAAGAGGCUAAGGUAUCUCAUUCUAAACUCAUCUUUACUAUUGCAUAAAAAUCUCUUAAAUCAAUCCCUAACUUAGGCAUCAGAGAGAUCCCCUGAAGCAUACCUCGGGUCCUCAAAGCCUUUUAUUUAUCUAUUUUCAGGUGGUUGUGAUCAGGGAUCGUGAAGGUCGUUCAAUUUUUGACUACAACGGUUGACACCAUCUAUGGAAAACUCUUGAAAGGUUUUCUUUUUCAAUCCUUGAUCAUAUAACUACAUUAAAUAAUUCAAAUCCAAUGCAUUGGCUCAUCUCUUUCCAUGUUUCCCUUUGGGACCAGCAUUGAUGAGAAGCAUUUGAAAAUAUCGGAGCUAGGGUUUCAAGACUAGAACCUUUCCCUGAGAUGAGUCUCAAGCCUCACGAUGCUAGUCCCAACUCUGUGAUUUUUACUUUGAAAUUUGUUGUUUAUCAAUUGACACAUCUUGUGCAUCUGUAUAUUCCUUUUCAUUUUUCUACAUAAAGCAUGUAUCAAUAAUCGCGAUCCACCAUUUAUCCCUGUGGAUGCUAGAACUUUGCUAUCUGCAUUUCAUCAUCAUUGCAGAUCAGAAAUAAAAGGAGUGGCGAUGAGAUCUCUUGAAGCGACCAUAAGGACGUGGCCAAUUGCUGCCUCACCAAAAUCAGGAUCCAACAAAUCCUCGGUUGCAGAAUCGUCACCAUCAAAUGGAAUAGUGCGCACUUUGGAAAUGGCAGGCAUCAAUCCUUGGCUAAAACUAUGGCAGUCCAUGGUUUUCUCCUAGUUGAGGCAGAGGCAAAGUGAUUGACGGCUUGGCAUGGAAAUUAGCAGUUUUGAUUAUGCUAAAGCAAAAGUAUUGAUCGUUGGUUAGGAGAAAAAUGAAGGCAGCGAUGAGCAAGACAGAGACGAACAAGACAAUUGGGGAUUUUCCCUCCCUUACCAGACUCGAAAGCAAGAUCUUCAUCGCCUAUAGAGAGAAUGUGCCGCAGGCGAUUGCGAUGAUACCACAGGAUCCCCAACGGUCGCACUAUUUGGAUGGCUAAUCUACAACGUCUGCAAUUCCCAGAUCUCUGCCGAAGUUACCAUAGGAUCCCCGAUCACAUGCCUAUCUUCAUGUCCAAGGUCCAAAUGAACGUAUUUCUUUUGGAAACACAUCUUCACCACGUUUGGCACUGCCAACAUCGGUGCCAGUGCCGGAUCCUGUAGCUUCGUCACCAGAUCCAAAGCAAGGCUUUUAUCCAACCCAAACAAAAAAAAAAUUCGGAUCUCCCGUCGCCGUGGCAGCAGGCGGCAAAGAUGUUACCAAUGACUACAUCUCAAUGAAUGAGCGCAUCAACAAACCACUUUCGCUUCGAUUUGGGCUCGUCGGAUCCAAUGCUCGUCGAAGUGGGAAGGUUCAGGUGGGAGAGGAAAGGCCUGAGCCUCACAGGAUUGCUGGUCGUACUUGAGCAUCAUGUGCUUGAGGUCUUCAUCGUUGGUUAUGGAGAUCAAAGUGCCAAGAUCCUCACUCGAGAGCUGAUACUCGAAGCAGACGUUGGCACUGUAGAAGAUUUCCGGUCAGACCAUCUAAACACGAGCUAAAUACGAAUCCGGGACUGUGCAGUCGGACUCAGGAUCAUGAUUUAGAAUGCACGAACGGUGAACUUGUAUGGAAGCCACGAGGAACCUAAAGUACAUAUCACUUGACACAAUCCAUGGAACUAGAGGGAUGAAAGGAUGAUGAAGAAAUCAUGGCAUGCUCAAGUGCAAAGGAGAUAUGGGAUGAACUCAAUAGGAGAUAUAGAGAGACCAAGGAGAAACUACCACUCCAGAUGCUUCAAGCUCAAAAGAUCAAGAAGGAGAAAAUGUUUACUUUAUUACUCUAACCAACAAAGAGUUGUGAACCGGGAAGAGGUAGCUAUGCCUCGUGUGAGUAGCGGAUUGUAAAGAGAAGUUUCGCCCUAGUAAGGAGCGGAUUGUAACAGGAAGCUCCGUCCAAGUUUUAAGAAGUGGAUAGUGGAAUCCUUGAGUGGUUUGCCCAAGGCGAAGACAAUGGAAGAAAAGGCCGCAAAAUUACAUUGAGUGAACAAGCUGCGAGAAGAAAGGAGACAGAUGGGCGGAGGCACCGCUCUCGGCAAGGCCAUUUGCUCAAUCUGCUACGAGGACCUCAAGCCCCUCGUUGAAGACCUCCAAGCCAUCUCCGUCUGCGGCCAUGUCUUCCACGAGCUCUGCCUUCAGCAGUGGUUUGAAUAUUGUUUAAAUGCGAAGAAGAAUAGUUGCCCCGUGUGCAAGCAGACCUGCUCCGCGAACCAUGUCAGCCGCCUUUAUUUCCAGUCUAUUGGCGAUCCGGAUGAUACAAUUCCUUCGCAGAGGCCGUCCGAUCGCCAAGAUGAUUGCGAGGCCCUGCGCAGGGAAAGUAAGAGAUUAGAGAGCAAGAUAUCGGGGCUCAAUUCGGCAUUGGAGCGACACCAGAAGAAUCUCAAAGAUCUCAACGAGGAGCUUUGCCUCUUUAAGGAGGCUACCAGGAUGGAGGCAGCGUUGAAGAAUGAUGCCCUAAAACAGAAAGCUUCAAUUCAACGGAUGUUUCAUUUGAAAUCUGAGGAGCUUGAGAAAUCAACGGUGGAGUGCUUAAAGCUACAGGAGAGAAAUAUGGAUUUAGCCAAAGAGCUUGCUGCCAUAAAAUUGGUAUCUGAUUUGAACCUGGAGGAAGAAGAUGUUUUGAAGCUUGCCUCAUUUGGUAAUGAGGGCAACAACAAGGACAAAGUAGAUGUUCUGAAAAGAUCCUUGGUCAUUCGUAACAAGAGUUACAAAGAAUUGAUGGCUAAAUGCAAUCAUUUAGGAAGAGGAGAGGCUCGUUCUCUUAAAAAACUGGAAAAGGCUAAAGAGAAGAUAAAUAAACUGAAGAUAAGAGUUCAAGAACUGGAGACAGCCAUUGAAAUGAAAGACAAUGAAGUUUUGAGGGCUUUAAGAGUCUCCAAGAAAACUACCUGUGAAGAGGUUUCCCUAGAUGGUUUGAAUUGGACCUCAAGUUUCUUGUCAAAGAAACAUUCUUCAGAAAAUAGAGUGGAGCAACCUGCAACACCCAUUAUUAAUUUGGAUCAAGUUAGAAACUUGAGCAAUGAUCAAUUUGGUUCUAGGGAAACGGAAAAUUUCAAACCUAUGAAAGAUGUACAUGUAAAUGACACUGAGGAUGAUUCAAGAACUAUCUCCGUUGAUGGAGAGAAGGAUUUCUGCAUUUUAAUAGAAGAGGAUGUUUCCAAAAUUUCUAGAGUUCUGCAUGAGCUUGAUUCAAAACCCCAAGUUAGUGAGGAUGUGGCUGUUGGGAAGCCCAGGCUGUCAAAGCUGGAGGCAUCUUCCCAUCCCCACAAAGAAGCUUCUGUGGGAGCUUCUAACCUGGUUGGGCAUGCAAUCUUGUCAACUGGUAAAACGGAAAUGCUCAAUGUUCCUGUUGCUGCAAGAAAGGAGGAUGCAAUGUUGCUCUCCGUUGAUGUAAUACAAGAUCAAUCUCUGCUUCACAUCAAAAGAGAGGCUCCAUCCUCAGUUUCACUUUCUGUUUCAGGAGAUCGAUGUUUUUCUGGUGGAUUGCUAGGUCCUGAUGGAACAAAUAGGCACCUAGGGAAAUGGUGCAGACGAUCACAGAGCAAGGGGGCAACAGCAUCUUCAGGGGCAAUGCAAGCAUCCAGUGCAAGCACUGCUGAUUUGAUUGCUGUUGGGGCUGAUGGAAGAGGUGGUAAAAUCAAAGUUUUGAGAUCUAGAAGCCAUUCUUCAAUGGAUGUCGAGGGGCCAGUAUGGACCAAGAGGUGCAAGCAUGGAGACAAAACUAGUAGUUUGCAGUCUAAAGGUUACUUGCAGAUAGAACAUUUCUUUGGCAAGGGCAGUCAUUAAUUCAAUAUUUGUAAGUGUAGAAUAGGCACGCCUGUAACUUCUCUUCCUUGAUGUGUCUGUCUCUUGUUCAAGGCCCAAGUAGAAUUAGUGUCUUGUUGCCCUUCAAAUCAUCAGUAGCGAAAAGAAAAAUAGGAAAUUUAUUUUUAUUUUUGUGAGAAUUUACCCCAAGUUUAGUAUGCAGUAAAAUUUUAAAAUAUAAAUUUUAUGGAAAGGAAUGGAAUGGAAAUUUGAGUUGAGGAUAA